AUGAAGUCCAUGAGCUUUUGCUUCGUCGUCGUCGUGUUUCUUGCGCUCGCGGAGAUCUCACGCUGCGAGUUGAGGCUGGGUUUUUAUGCCGACUCGUGCCCCGAGGCCGAGUCCGUCGUCCAGUUCACGGUGGCUCAGGCAGUCGCGACUAAUCCUGGAAUCGCUGCUGGGCUUCUACGUCUUCACUUCCACGAUUGCUUUGUCCGGGGAUGCGAUGGCUCGGUUCUCAUCGAUUCUACCGGGAACAACAAGGCCGAGAAGGAUGCGAUUCCAAACUUCGGUCUUCGUGGAUUCGAAGUCAUUGACAAUGCAAAGGCUCGGCUCGAGGAUCGGUGUCCUGGAACAGUGUCUUGUGCUGAUAUACUCACGUACGCUGCUCGCGACGCCGUCUCACAGGUUGGUGGACCUCGCUGGGACGUCCUCGGUGGAAGAAGAGAUGGAACCGUGUCUCGAGCAGACCAAGUCGGCGCAAAUCUUCCAUCGCCGCUGUUCAACGUCGAUCAACUGACCAAGAGUUUUGUUCGCAAAGGAAUGACACAGGAAGAGAUGAUCACUCUCUCAGGUGAAAAUUUCCAUCAUGCUUAUCUCUCAAUCGCCAAAAACACCACCUCGGUCCAGGACCCCGACUUGGAUCCAAACAUGGCCAGACUUCUCAAAUCUCUGUGUCCCAAAGGUAGCGACUUCCUGGAUCCUAAAAGCAAAUCCAUAGCUCUCGACCCUCUCUCUCCCAACUUGUUCGACAAUGGCUACUACACAUCGCUCAGCCUUCGCAGGAGCAUACUCACGUCGGACCAGAUCUUGUUCGCGGACUUGGACACUCGAGACAGUGUCGAGGACAAGCAGGCCAACGAGGCGGUUUGGAGGUUUAAGUUCGUGAAUGCAAUGGUAAAGAUGAGCACCAUCGGUGUGCUCUCUGGUAACCAGGGGCGAAUCCGCACGAACUGUAGAGUAGUUUCUUGA